UGGGGGUGGAGGGCGGUGGCCGGCCACGGUCCGGGCGUCUGGCCGGGCGGCGGGGGCGACAGGGAGGCGGCGCUCUCGGUCCGCAGGCCGACGUGGUCUGUGAGCGGCGCCGGGGCGGCCGGGCAGGCAGGCGCCUUCCGAGGGCCCGCGCCCAUUUUGCCCGCCCGCGGAAGGAAGCCGUGCGCGGCCUACACGCUCCGGGGACAGCCCUUUGAGGCGGCCACGCCGCACGCGCCGGCCUCUUGAGCCAGAGGGACGCUCUUUUGAAAUUCGGUCAUAAGACAUUUUCUGGAUAUGCCACAGAAGGAUCCGUGCCAGAAACAAGCCUGUGAAAUACAGAAAUGUUUACAAGCCAACAACUACAUGGAAUCUAAGUGUCAGGCUGUCAUCCAAGAACUGCUUAAGUGUUGUGCUCGAUGUCCCAAGGGAAGAUCUCUGGUCUGUUCAGGAUUUGAAGACGAAGAAAAGCUGACACUGAAGUACACAUCAAAGUCAAGUUCGCUGAGAAGUUAAAUGCUGCACCACAUUUUCACGAAGCAAGUUUUAUUCGUCCUCCUGACUUUUCUUAAGGCCAGGUAGCAGCAAACAGCAAAUGAAGUCAACUAUAAAAGUUAAAGAAUAUGCCAUCUAUGCAGAACAGAUAUAAAUAUAAAUAUAUUAAAUAUGUAGAAUGUAAUAAAACCGAGCUGCUAAAAUAAACCUGGUAGGUGAAAAAUUUU